AUGUCGCCUCCCUCUUUCCUGAGUGGGAUCAGGGUUUCCCACCUGCCACUGCUCUCCGACUUGUUAUUUCCUUCUCGGACUUACACCUCGCAGCAGCCAUCCCAGGUGCGUGCCCCCGGGACAUCCGCGUUGAAGCAGGUGGUGAAAGGAGCAAAUGAGACAAGACGCGCUCAGCGUCACGUUGCUGCCUUCCUAGGUACUGCGUUGCUGCCCUCUGGGCCGACCAGGUGUACCCGCCUCCUCCCACGCACGACGGGCCUCGCCGGCAGAGGCCGCGGGGAACAGGCAGCAAGGUCACCCCGGUCUCCACGCCGGGCGGCGAGCUCCCCUGCCCAGGCACGUUUGGGCGGGGCGUCCGCGAGGGACCCGGCAGGGAGGCGACGCUCUGCGGCCGGCCGGCGCCGCGGGCCUCGGUUCCCGGACAGCCAGGAGCCCGAGCGCCGCCUCCGGAGAGGUCACGGGGUGGAAGUUCCACCUGGCACAGCCCCCGGCUCUGAUGCAAAGGCAGCUCUCCUCCACCCGCAGCUCCUGGAGAGCGAGCGGGGAGCGCCGGCGACCCGGGCGCAGACACGGGUCUGCAGAGGCGAACGGCGGGAAGCCGGCUUUGCGCCCCAGCUCUGGCGGCUCUGCGCCCUCGCCCGGGGUCUGCCCGCCUCGGGCCUGGCUUCCCUUCAGAGACUCGCACGCAGUGCUUUGUCACGUGACGGACGUUGCUGCUUCAUUUCACUCCUGCUACUUUGGAUUUACAUUGCACACAGGGAAAGGCACGGGACACAACUGUCGCCCUCGGAGGGUGGUGAUGGCCAUGAUUCACAAAGAUGAGGAGCUUCCCUGCAAUCUCCAGCUGGCU